AUGUUGUCAAAUCACAAUCGUUUAAUGAUUGAGCUUGAAUACGAGCACACCUUCCAAGACAAUGUUCACCUUUGUACAGCCAUAGUGUGCCCAUCUAUAGCAUUGGAGUGUUAUAGUUGUACAACACUUGCCGGGUUGAACCCAUACUGCCAGACUGAUUUCCGCUACGAUACCAUAUCAUGUGAUAUAUAUGAUUAUAAUGACCCUAGGUGUGCGGUGAGCAACAUAAUUAAUAAUGGGGAGGUUACUCUGUUUACUCGUGCAUGUAUCGAUCGAAGUUGGUGUGACGCAUAUGAAGGUUCUCAGACAGCAGGAGAUUUGACCGUCUAUAAUACUUGUUGCAACACUGAUUUUUGUAACGAUGGUAUGAGUAGUGGCGGUGGUAAUAAUGGUGGACAUGAUGAUGGUAAUCGAUAUUAUUGGAAUUCUGCAACAAUUAUUUCAGAGAAUUACAAGCUCAGUGGUAUGAUCUUGCUGUUGAUGCGUUUCAUAUUUUGAAAUAUCAAUGUACGUAAAUAACGCCCCCAUGCGGCCAUACUGAUAUGCAUGUAUUGUGUCACACUUUUUCCAAUAUAAUAAAGUAUAACAUUAUCCAA